GCUGUAAAUAUUGUGAUAUACGUAUUCGUGAUUGUUGUAGUAGCUGUAUGGGAAACGCCUGAUGUGACCCUAGCUUAGUUUGCGGGUUGAGCUGUAGCGCCAAGCAUUGGACCCCAGAAAGUGAACGUCAACCACACAAGCUAUCAGAGGGUUGUACUGACGAACAGCCUCGACAACACCCAACAAAACAAACAAUGACCUGGAUCUCGAAAGCAACGACGGGCCUCGGCCUGCUGUUCCUCGCACACGCUUGCUACUCAGCCCAAGAGCACUCCGCAUUACAGUCCACCACCAACGCACUCCACGAUGUGCCCUCCUCCGCCAGCCUCCCCAUAGACAUCGUCCUCGAAACCAUCAUCUCCUUAUUCACCACCAUCCUCGGCCUGGUGCUAGGCACAGCUGAGCUGCGUCCGAUACGCUGGCGCGUGUGGGCCGGCAAGAUCGAGCGCGAGGGCGAGAAGGGGUUCCUGGGCGCGGAUGGACAGGUCGCGAAGGACUAUGUUGGGAAUCCGUAUAAGGUGCUGGAGAGCAGACCGGGGUUUGUGGAUAUUAGGAAGCAGAAGAAGGAGUUUGCGGAGUGGGUGAGGGAGGGGGGGAGUGCGGAGGUGCGCUGAGAGGGGGUUGAGGGUGUAUAAUAUGGGUUAUGGAUGGGCAAGAUGGAGAUGAAUAAAAAAUGCAAGCAUGUCAUACAUUGAGGGAGCGUCGAACAAAAAAUUGGCUCGCAUUUAUACUGGAAUCCUGUGAUAAAUCGUAGGUGUAAGUUGCGUCAAUAUUAUUUAUUUCAAAUCCUUUC